UUUUUUGUCAGCCCACAUAAGGAACGUCCAAAUAAGUCGCAUUUGCUCAUCUCAUAGCGAUGAAAAUAAUUUAAAACUAUCGGAAAGUCAUUGUGAAGAAAUAUCGAUAGUCUAUCAACAUCGAUAGAUUUUGUUUCUGAUAUCGCAUAUCGUUUGAAGCUCAUUUUCCACGUCAAACGAUUGCGAGCCGAAGAGAAUAAGCGUUUCUAUUUUAUAUUAGUUGAGUUAAGCUGAGUACAAUCGAGAUGGUGAGCUUGUUACAGGAAAUUGACACAGAGCAUGAGGACAUGGUUCACCAUGCUUCUCUGGAUUUCUACGGACUGCUGCUAGCCACCUGUUCGUCAGACGGCAGCGUCCGAAUUUUUCACUCACGUAAAAACAACAAGGCGCUUGCUGAACUUAAAGGACACCAGGGGCCAGUAUGGCAAGUAGCAUGGGCGCAUCCUAAGUUUGGCAACAUAUUAGCAUCGUGCUCUUAUGAUCGCAAAGUAAUUAUAUGGAAAUCGACUACACCCAGAGAUUGGACUAAGAUAUUUGAGUACAGCAAUCACGAUUCCUCAGUCAACUCCGUGGAUUUUGCGCCGCCUGAAUACGGUCUAGUUCUAGCGUGUGCCAGCUCAGAUGGUUCAAUUUCUGUAUUGACAUGCAACACGGAGUACGGUGUUUGGGAUGCAAAAAAGAUACCCAAUGCACAUACAAUUGGAGUGAAUGCUAUUUCCUGGUGCCCGUCACAGGCACCGGAUCCGGCUUUUGAUCAGCGUGUCACUUCGCGCAAUGCAGCAGUUAAACGUUUGGUUAGCGGUGGCUGCGAUAAUCUCGUCAAGGUUUGGCGUGAUGAUAACGAUCGAUGGAUUGAAGAACACCGUCUCGAAGCACAUUCAGAUUGGGUUCGUGAUGUGGCAUGGGCACCAUCAAUUGGUUUGCCACGGUUGCAGAUAGCCUCGGCCUCACAAGAUCGGCAUGUUAUUAUAUGGAGCAGCAAUGCUGAUUUAUCGCAGUGGACAUCAAGUGUACUGCACACGUUCGACGAUGCAGUAUGGAGUAUUUCCUGGUCCACCACCGGCAACGUUCUGGCCGUAACUGGUGGUGAUAACAAUGUUUCCUUGUGGAAAGAAAACAGUGAGGGUCAAUGGAUACGCAUUAAUUAUGAAUCAGGCAUUGCCAUUCAAUCGAAACAGCCGCAUAAUUUACAUAAUCCCCAACAGCAACCGCAACAGCCAUCAAAUAUACCACUGUCGUCGGACUCUGAACAUAGCUCGAACUUAUCAAAUUCCAACUUGUCAAACUCGCAGCUGUCAAACUAAAAAUGUUAAGUAGAUCGUGGGUAUGGCCCGAUUCAAUAUAAAAAUUAUGGUCAAUAUAUCUUGAUAAUGCGAACAUAUUUUAAAUAGAGGAAAUACAGUUUUUUUAAAUGGUGAGCGUAACCUGACGUUUGGUCGAUUUCCAGCAUUCUUCACUGCUAUAAUCGCGUAAAGCGGUACGUUCCAAAAUAAAGCAAUUACUUUUUUUUUACAUUCUUAAAGCUUAGCGGCUCUUAAGCUCUUGUUAAGGUGCCUUUAUAUUUUAAAAUUAUUAAAAAUUCAUUUAAUUAUGGAAGGCCCUAAAUCAAUAAAAAAAAAAAGUUGGUUUCAUUAAUCAAACGCGGUAACAAUAAAUUGAAUUCUGAUGCAUAGUGUUAUUGCCGACCAGGAAAUGAACCAUAUCAACCACAAAGUUCUUGAUACUUAUGCCGGUUGAGGUAAUUUCAUUUUAUUCAUGAGGAAGGAACUUACGCAUUUGUAUAAACUGGAAACACGUGCCGCAAUAAAUGGAAGAAAACAAAUUAACCAAA